AUCAGCUGAUUUAUCUACACUUCUUCUUACAGAGGCAGGAAAAAUAGACAUAUUUCUGACUACUUCUCAGAAUAACUUCCUGAACCAGGACUCCUUCCCAAAUAAGAGAAAGUUCAACCAGUUGAGGGAUGUGUGUGAGUGGCAGACCCAUGGCACUGUAGCACAAAUCCAGUCAGCACAGUAUUAAUUAUUUUAGUUUCCUGACCUUCAGAAAGAUGUAUCAAAGUGCAAGGCUGAGAAGCUUUACACUUGUUUCCCUGAAUGACCCUGUCAAAAAUUUGAUGAGCAUCCUUCUAUCCCAUUUCAUACAUGAUGAAAAUUGUCCCAUUUUUCCUUAAAAAACAAACUACUCUUACAUAUGAUUUUACAUUAAGGUAUUUCAUUACAAGCAUCCAGACUACUGCAACAGAGGCUAUUUACUAAACAGCACAAUACAAAAAACCCUGUACAUUAUGUACCUUUUUUUUAAAACUCUGUCAGUGCCUGAUAAAGGUCCAUUUGUAAUGCAGAGGCACAAGAAGGCAGAGUUAAGGUUGCUGGGGGAAAUUGUACUCUGAAUUCCCUCAUUUUGGUACGAUUUUCGGUGGCGCUGUUUAGAUUUCAAGCUGCAGCCACCCAGCUGUUGUAUAGAAAACCCGUUUUGCACUGUGUUGGUCUGUGGCCGCUGUACUGAGCAGGUGAGUGAUGACCCCCUACAGGGAGUGAACUAGUCUGGGGUGAGAAAGCCUUGCCAGUGUGAGCAGCUGUGUCAGCAGGACCGGUUCCUGCAAGUGUAUCAGCACAAGCCGGGCUGCCUUGUCAAGGAACAGGGCCUGGGGAGAGGCGUCACCUCCCGGCCAGCUUGGGACUGGGCUGGCCCCGCGGCGGGACGCUGCUGUGGCACGGGGAGAACCAGGCUGGGGCCAGAAGCCGCUGCUCAGAACCAAGGCCCGCCGACGCCGUGAUGGGAUACAGCGAGGGCGGGGCCUACCCAAUGGGUGCCUGCGGACAGGUACCCGGGCCCAGCUUAGCCCCUGGGGUGCUGCCACCGUCACAGGCGUGGGGGCGUGUACUCUCCACGACUCUGCCGAAUCCAACAGGGUGGCCGCGGUUGCCAUGGCGACAGCGCGAGUCAUUCACCCUAACGAAGGGCGGCCGGGGUUUAAGUUCUGAGGCCAGAGUUCGGCGCAGACACGUGACGUCAUACCGAGGCGUUGGGAAGGAGGCAGAAGCUAAGAACCAAAGCGGGCUGCGGACAGCUACGUCACACCGCCGGAACGCCUCAGCGCGAGCCCCGCGCUCCUGCCGCGCCCUCUAGCCGCGGUGCGCGCGCGCAUGUAGUAGCUCGGUGGUCGCCGCCCCACUGCGGCCGGAGCUGGAAGUGCGGCAACAUGAGCAGCGGCCCCGGCAGCCCGGGGAAAGCUGCGGGAUCCCCGCUCCCCGCCGGCAGGAAACUGGACUCGGUGGGGGCGGCGGCCCACCCCAUUAUCAAGGACAUUGGAGAAAUUCAUUCCCGACUGCUGGAUCACAGGCCAGUUAUUCAAGGAGAAAUACGUUACUUUAUUAAAGAAUUUGAAGAAAAACGUGGCCUCCGAGAAGUGAGAGUUCUUGAAAACCUAAACACCAUGAUCUAUGAGACAAAUGACCAAACUCUCCCUAAAUGUGAGGAGGUGAUGCAUGGUGAUCUGAAUGAAGUGUUGAAGAGAUUGCAAGCAGCCAACCAUAGGAUCCUCAGACUCCAGCAGAGGGAGCAGGAAGAAAGAAAGCUUCAGACUGACAUGCUAAUGACUGGUGAAAAGCAGCGUCUAGCCCACUGGGAAGUGUUCAUGAAAGACCAACACAACAAACGAGGAGAAGUGGAUGAAGAGCACAGAAAAGCUAUGGAGCGCCUUAAAGAACAAUAUGCUGAGAUGGAGAAGGACCUGGCUAAAUAUUCUUUUUAAGACCUUUUUCGUUGUUGUUGUUGUUUUUGUGUGUGCCAGUACUCUCUUGCUUCAGACUUAUCAGAACAACAGUGAGGUUCUUUCAGAAAGCCUAAUCAAAAUAGAGGUAAAACAACCCCCACAUCGUGCUGUAACUAGAACAAAAGUUUGAUUUAGCAAGAAGAGUUUUGCAUACCUCCAACUUUAAGUGCCUCUACAAGCUUGUUUUGUUCAAGGUAAUUGGUGUUAUCACUAUCUUAGUUUGUAGGACAGGCAGGUCUAGAAAUGGAGUUCUGCCUUUAUACCAUGGCUACAUCAAUUUAGGGAGUUGCAAACUAGAAUUCCUUAGCUUGUGAAGACAGCCUUGUCUGCGGGGAAGAAAACAAAAACUGAAUUAUCUCUGUAUAAGGCCACAGCCCUGCCAUAGAGAGCAGGUAUUAUAAAUGCAAGUCAUGCUUGACUGAAAUUAGGAUGUACACACACUCAUUAACAGUUAUUUUGGGAAAAGCAGCAUGUCUUGCGAAACAGUGGAUUCUGAAAGGCUAGAAUGCGUUACUCAGGUAUAGUUACAGCUGCACUGUUAGGAAGUCGAGUUGAGAUAUUGAUUGUUCUCUAAAAUAGGCACCACAAGAGUGGCUGUGAGGUCACGGGAAACCAUGAUUUUUCUCUCUAUGUAACUGGCUCAUGUUCUUGUAGCUUUACACUCCUAAGAAUACCUUCCACAGCCCAAACCACCUAAAAGUAACUUUUAAAAGUAUAUCAGUCCUUCCAUUAGCCUUUUAUCAGGUAUGGUAUUUACCUUAAGUAUUCGUCCUGCCAUUGGUGCACUCAGUAGGAUGAGCAAUGCCCACCUUAUUGGGACUUAUUACCUAAAAUCUGUUAUGAUAACCUUAAUACAGUUGAGGAAAGAUCUCUUUUUUUUGUUUUUGUCAUGGCAUGGCAUGGUAAUCAAGUAAGUGGCAUUAAAAAUGAAGCAUCUGCAGUAUUAAUUUGUGUUCUGAUUAACAGGAGUAUUUGUGAGCCCCUGUGAUCACUGUGAUCUUUUCUUUUUAUUUAAAAUCUUCAUGUAAUAGCAAUAUAACUGAAUGACUAGCUUAAUUAUCCUUUUGUAAACCAAGUGAAAUUAAAUGCAAUAACAGAAGGAAACUUGAUGCAAGCUAACCUGAGGGACAGGAAGAUCUUUCAAAUAUUACUUUAAGUACUAUGCAAUAUAAAAUAAAAACAGGUAAAAAUAAACAGAACUUGCUCAUUAUCUGUGUUGGAAUUGCACUAUGCAGACAAUGGUUGCCUGUGUAAAUUUAUGGCUUGGUGUCAAGGCUCCAUUCCUGGCAGCAUGUUGAUAAUGUGAUUAAAGUUAGCAGAGGAGAUGGAAUAAGUAUUUGAGAUUUCUUUCAAUAACACUGAAUUCCUGCCAAACUGCUCUAUCCGCUACUGUAGGCCUGACAGCUUCAUCAAUCAUCAUCAGGUACCUGGACUGAAAAGAGCACUUGCUGACACUGGAGCAUGGUGGAAUGUUGUUUAAUUCUGUUGUGAAUGGAAAAAACAUAGAUGGCUCCAAAGUAUUCCACAUAUAAAAAGUGAGGAGAACCUACUAACGAAAACCCCUAUUGAAUGGAAGAUGAUUUCUGGAUUUAUCUCUAAGUUAUGUACCCAUUCAUGAAUGGAUGCUGUAACUAAGAGCCCGAUUUACGUGCUUCAUCAGAAAAACAGAAGAUAAUGUUGCCUGUCUUUAGGGUCCAGAGUCUCAAUAGCAUUUGUUCAUGUUAAGGAUAAACUGAAAACACUGUUUUCCACGAGAGGUUUUAAGAAUGAAUGUCCUCAAAACCAAAAUAACUUUCUGAAAAAUGUACUCCUCUACCCCAAUAUAACGCAACCCAAUAUAACAUGAAUUUGGAUAUAAUGCGGUAAAGCAGCGCUCCAUUGGGGCAGGGCUGCGCACUCGACCAAAUCAAACCAAGUUCGAUAUAAUGCGGUUUCACCUAUAACGCAGUAAGAUUUUAUUUUUUGGCUCCCAAGGACAGCAUUAUAUCGAGGUACACAUGUACUUUAAGUCUCAUUUGGUACUGAGUGAGUUUGAUUUGUGUUUUAUUCCUAUAAAAUAAUACAUAAUAUCAGAUCCACUCAGUUUUGAACAAAAGUAAACCUACCUGCAUCUCUAUGUCCCAGUUGAGGGCUGAUAAAAAUGAUAUAGAUGUUGCAAGGCUAGUGUAUGCUGAACAUCUGCACAAGAGUAAUAAUUUUAAGCCUAGAACUGCACUUCAUUGGCCAAGAAAGCCCAAAAUAAAUUAAAUGAAUGAUACUACCUAAGGUUAACUCUUUUCAAAAGCCAGUGGUACUUUGUGCUUUUGAAAAUUCCCCCUCAAUAUUCAUUUUGGGAAUUUAUGCAUUUAGGAAAUAUUUUGAAGAAAAGUGCUUAAAGUUGAUGUUUAACAUACAAACAAACAUUGAUCUGCUUGUUGGCCCACUUCAUUGGGAGACUCCAAGAAAAAUAUUUAUCACUAUUAAGUUAUUCAGUAGUCUUUAUUAAUUUUUAAAAAUAUCUAUUGUGCUGUAGCUCUUGAAAUAAAUUAACAGUACAUACAACUUGACUUUAGAGUGGUUUAGCAAGGUGGAUGAAAAAAUAAUGCUUGGUUCUAAAAUUUAAAAGGAAAACUGUGGUGCUUAGUUAUAGCUUAGAUAGCUCAAUAAGUGCAUCAUGUAUGUAUGUAUGUAUAUAUGAUUUUUUUUUUUUUAACCUGUCACUCUUUCAAUAUUUGUUUAGCGAAUGAGGCUGUGGUCUAUCAGGAGGCUAAUGAUACUUCAAAUCCUACACUAUCAUUUUCCAGUAGAGCCCCUGCUGAGAAGUAUCAGUUUUACCCAUUUGAAGAAAAAAUGCAUAUGAAGGGAGUUUCAAAGUUGGGUGGUAAGCUACGUAAAAGCAAUUACAUGUUUAGCCUCGCUUAAAAUGUUUAAAUUCUUAACAAUUAAACUUUCCAAAAUCGCUUGAGUACUGAUACAACUCCCAUUAAAGUUGGUUAUUAAAAAAAAAAAAAAAAAAAAAAUCCGGUGGAGUCUACUGGGAGCUGGAUCAGGCCUUUGACUUUUGCUACAUUUGAAUGAUGAUGCUGAUGUUUGCAAUCCUGCUUUGUAUCAGACUAAGAUGGUAGCUUUCUGCUUGAUUGUUAAAUCUUUUAUAUUUAGUAGUCCGAGUCUAAACUAUAUUGAUUUAUUCGUCUUUGUAACUAGAAGUAGUAGAAUAUCCUAUACUCACUCGAAUUUUCCUUAAAUUUUAAGAUGAGCUUUCUCUUUUGACACCUACACAACAAGAAAGCAAUACUUCUACUUGAAGGAUGGUGGGGAAAAAACUGCUUCUGCAGUGUAGGGGGAAGAGGAAGUGAGACUCACUUAGAUUCUGCUCCCACCUAUACCAACCCUAGAUGAAACCUCUUAAGAGAAAUUCCACAUCCAAUGACGUGUGGUUGGAAUAUCACAUCUUCACUGACUUUUUUUAUUUAUGAAAUAUAUUUUAAAAAACUUUUGACCAAAUUUUGUCUUUCAAAUAACUUGUAUUAAAAUGGAGAAAAUAAAUGAAAACAUUAUCACC